AUGGGGAUCAAGAUUGAUAUGUCCAAAGCUUUUGAUAGAGUGGAUUGGAAAUUUCUUCAUACCAUUAUGACUAAAAUUGUCUUUGACUCUGAAUGGUGUAAAAAAAUUAUGCAGUACAUCUCCACUACUUCUUCAGUUGUCCUGAUAAAUGGCUCCCCUGAUAAAUUCUUUAAUCCCUCUAGAGGUCUCAGACAAGGGGAUCCUCUAUCCCCAUACUUAUUUAUUUUCUGCAUGGAAGCUUUGUCAAGAACUCUAUCUCAUGCUGAAGACUUGGGCAUCAUCUCUGGAGUAAAAAUCUGCAAGAAUGCUCCAUCUAUAAACCAUCUUCUUUUUGCUGAUGACUGUAUGGUAUUCUGCAAAGAAAAUCCUACUGAAGCCAAAAACCUCAAGGACAUCCUCAACAUCUUUGGAGAUACUUCUGGUCAACUCAUCAACUUCAGCAAAUCUGGUAUCUUCUUCAGCAAAGACACUGACCCAGCUCUAAUGCCUCAUAUCUGCAAUCUGCUAGGAGUUCAAGCUCUCCCCCUAAAUGACAAAUAUUUAGGCUCGCUUCUAUUUACUCACAGAAGAAAAAUCCAAUAUUUCAAACCAGGAGCGGAUAAGAUGAAAAGAAAUCUGUCAAGUUGGAAGAAUUCCCCUCUAAAUCCAGCUGGAAGAGAAGUUAUAAUAAAAUUUGUGACCUCCACAGCCAGCAUUUAUCAAAUGAACUGCUUCAGAAUACCUAAGCAAACUUUUCAAGAUAUGAAUAACUUACAAAGAGAUUUCUUUUGGGGAAAAAAUCUGGAACACCACACUGGGUUUUACCCAAAAGCUUGGACAGCUAUAUGCAAACCAAAGGAUCUUGGUGGAUUAGGAUUCAUGAAUAUGGAACUCUUCAAUAGUUCCAUGAUAACAAAAAUAGGAUGGAGGCUGGAACAGGAUAAGGACUCUCUCUGGUACAAAUUGAUGAAUGCCAAAUACUUAUUGGGGAGAAAUGUUCUAAACAUGAAUACCAAAGCCAAAGAUGGAGACUCAUGGAUUUGGAAAGGGGUUCUUGAAGGAAUUCAGAAUAUACAACACCACUGUACCUGGAGAAUAGGAAAUGGUAACAAAAUCAAAAUCUGGGAGGAUCUUUGGAUACCUAACUCAACUGACAAGCUCACAAAGCCUGCAAACUUCCCCACUGAUAUACAACUGCUUGCUCAUUUAAUGACAUAUCAAAAGGAAUGGAAUUUCCAACUCAUUCAGCAAAUUUUUAGUCCUGGUACUGCUCAAGUCAUUAGUGAUCUUUUUAUCCACUCCAAAGAAGAAGACAGCAUGCACUGGAAACUCAACAGCACAGGAAAAUUCUCUGUUAAAGCUUUGUACAAAGACAAAAUAGAGAACCUGUAUAGAAAUGAUCACACAACAAGAAACUGGGGAGCUAUAUGGAACUUGGAAGUGGCACCAACCAUUAAAAUCUUUCUCUGGAAAUGCUCUCAUGAAAUCCUCCCAAGUAAUGCUAAAACUACAAGCAUUCUCCACUAUAUUGACCCCAUAUGCAAAAUAUGCAAUAGUGGGGAGGAGACAAUGACACACGUGUUCCUCAACUACCCUGCCGCCACUGAUGUUUGGAAGCACAUGUUAGGUGGAAAUCAUGCUGCAGUGACAAUAUCUGCACUUAUGCAACCACUUGCUGGUGAAUAUGGAAGUCUAGAUGGGCAUACUUAUGAUACCGAUCCCCAAAUAACAACAACAAGAAAUUAUGUUGGGAUCCCUCCUCAAAAGCAGACUUUUGGUUUCUUAAUCAAAAUAUGCACUAUUCAGGAUCCUAACACUUAUCAGUUCUUCUCAGCACUAACUAUAACUGAUUUUGCAGGAAACUAUGUUGAUAGCAGAGGACACACAAGUCAAUGGGGAGCAGGAGGAGCCACAGGAGGAGCAGACUUAGCGUUUGAGUGGGCAGAGAAAAAGCAGCACAUGAACAUUGAAAUACAAGCUGAAACCAAUGAAAUUCUGGAACACUUCAAUGCUCUCUAUCUCAAAGCUAUAAAGGUAAGAUUCAGCAGGAACUAUCAUAAGGAAAAACAAACAUUGAAUGAAGCAACAGUCUUAAAUGUAAUACUUGUAUCUUUUGUUUUAAUGGGUCUUAAACUUCUUCAUAGAACCAAAAAUCUCCAAGCUCUAAACUUGGCUAUUACUUGUAAGAACCUUAGCAGUGGGUCUGAUGUUUUUCAAAACAAGGACACCACUAGCAUUGCUAUCAAUCUAUUACCUUAG